GCGCGUCGCGACGCGUCUCCCACAGCCCGUGAGUGAUCCGCCCGUUUUCCAUUCACAUCCAUGCGUCUCCAGCAACAGCCAGGCCACUCCUUUGGAUAACCAACUCACGACCAGGGACCAUGAAUCGCAUCGAUGCCAAACGGCGAAAUGUCCUCGACCACCGCAAGAAGCAGUUUGCGGACCCGUCGUACAAGGAGACGCACUAUCCGCACCGCCUGAACUUUUACUCGACGCCGCCAACAGCAGACAUCACGCUCGAACAGUUUGAACAAUGGGCCAUCGAUAGACUACGGGUCCUCGCCGAGCUCGAGGCGUGCUCCUUCCGCAACCGCACGCCGGCCGAGACGGCCGCGCACAUGAAGCCGCUGCUGGACAAAUACCUGCCGCUCGACGCCAGCAGCUCGGGCAACUCCAAGCUGCACGCGCAGCGCCAGAAGGACCACUACAGCCACUUCAUCCUGCGCCUGGCCUUCGCGUCGACCGAGGACCUGCGCCGCCGCUUCGCCCGCGUCGAGACCAUGCUGUUCCGCCUGCGCUUCCAGACCGACGACUCGCGCGAGCGCGCCGCCUUCGUGCGCACCCUCAACCUCGACUGGGAGCCCGUGCCAGAAGAGGAGAAGCGCGCGCUCGCGCCGCAGCUGGCGACCACCGUCGGCUUCGGGUCCGGCAAGCGGGCGCAGCAGGUGCUGGAUGAGGAUUGGUGCAAGGUCGACUGGACCCGCGUGCCGGACCUAGUGAGGGACAGGAAGGUGUUCCUCAAGGGGGGGAAGGCCUACGUCCCGGGGAGGGAGCAGCAGAGCAUGGUAUUGAAUACGUUUACGUCGCGAUUAGAGCGGGCGUUGGAGCUCACAGCGCGCGCGCUCCCGCGGCUGGACGAGGACGACCGGCUCACGCCCAUCCUCAACCACCUCUCCAAGAACUUCAUCGCGCCCGACUCGAGCUACAACGGCAGCAGCGCGGCGAUCGAGGGCGCCGAGAUCACGGCGCGCAACAUCGACAACCUGUCGCAGCACUUCCCGAUGUGCAUGGCGCACCUGCACCGCUCGCUGCGGCGCGACGCGCACCUCAAGCACUUCGGCCGGCUGCAGUACACGCUCUUCCUCAAGGGCAUCGGGCUGAACCUGGAGGAGUGCCUCGUCUUCUGGCGGUCGAGCUUCAGCAAGAUCACCGACGACACGUUCAACAAGGAGUACCGCUACAACGUGCGGCACGCGUACGGCGACGUGGGCGGCGACGCGAACCGCCGCAGCGGCGGCUACAGCCCGUACAGCUGCCAGAAGAUCCUCACGGAGCACGCCCCCGGCCCCGGCGACGCCCACGGCUGCCCGUACCGCCACUUCAGCAUGGAGAACCUGGCCACGCUGCUCCGCGCGUCCGGCGUCACCGACCCCAAGGUGCUGCAGGGCGUCAUGGAGGACAAGGAGAGCCAGAAGUAUCACAUGGCGUGCAACCGCGUCUUCGAGCACCUCCACAAGGCCGAACUCAAGCGCGCCAAAGACGACGGCGUCAUGACGGCCGCGCAGCUCGAGACCAUCGUGCACCCGAACGAGUACUUCAAGCGCAGCUACCUGCUCAAGCACAUGGGCAGGCAGCAGCAGCAGGGCGAUGUAAAGAUGGAAGGGUGACAGCCGCCGCGGGUUACGUGUUGUGAGGAUGGCUGGCAAUUCACCGUGGACAAGGUGAGGCGCGUCGGCAGGGCCGGGUGGAUAGGUGGGGUGUGGGAGGGUCAGCUGCGUCGGCGUCUGACACCCUUCAACUCCCCCUAAGGGGCUGGUGAGAGAAGCGACGCAGGAUUGGAGGACGGGGGCAGGAAGCGCCCUAAAUACGGCGCGAUAUACCAUACUGCCUGCCCACCUGUUCAGCGUGAUGGUCGUCUGCUUUGGGUGAGCAUGUGAAUGCGAGGGAUGACACAUUUGUACGCAGUAUCUCUCCUGAGGAGGGAGGUGGGGGAAGGGGGAAGGGCAGGCGUUGUUUGUGGUUAAUUUACGAGUUGCGAGUUCUUGUCUCAGAGACGCUCCACACUCAUCAUGAACUUGGGUGUCGGGCGCAAGUGCGAGUGCACUGCGAAACAUGAGGUUUCUUUUUCCGACGAGGUGAUUUUCUCCAGCUUACUAGGUCCUCGGUGCGACGGUCCCUCCAAGAUCUUCACGAGCCCCAAGCACGAGGCAGUCUGGUAGUCAGUAUUUCCCCUCCCUCCUUUUCGUGUAUUUUUGGAUAGGCUAUUUAUACUUAUCUCAGCCCUCAGACCCCUUUCAUUGCGUUCUCUAUUUUCCCAGCCUACGGCCGGGAGAGGUCCGUGCCCAGGCCUGCCAAGACGUAAUCCUAUACUAGUUUGUAUAUAACGCUGUCCGCUAGACCCUUUUAAGAACUUGGCCUA